AUGCCGAACUCGAAGAAGCGCACAGGCUCUACCCUCGACGGGGGAGCCUCCCCUGCCGGAAAGCACCAGAAAAAGGACACGAACAGCGCAGCUGCACAAAACGCCCUUGAGGCGCUUCGCCUUCUCUCGGUCGUGGUGGCUGACACAGGCGACUUUGAAACCUUGAAGAAAUAUGUUCCUCAAGACGCCACCACGAAUCCUUCUCUUCUUCUCAAGGCUGCUUCGAUGCCGCAGUAUGCCCACUUGAUGGACAAAUCCAUCGAAGCUGCAAAGAAAGUCCAUGGAAAGGUCGCGCUUGACGAUGCAUUUGUUGAGGAAGUCGUGGACCAGCUGUUUGUCUUCUUCGGUGUGGAAAUCCUCAAAAUCGUUCCCGGCGUUGUCAGCACUGAGGUAUCGGCUGCGCUUUCUUUCGAUGUUGACGCUUCUGUGGCGAAGGCGCGAAAGCUGAUUCAAAUGUACAAGGAACAUGGCAUCGAGCAGGACCGGGUGUUGAUCAAACUCGCCACGACAUGGGAAGGCUGCGAGGCGGCAAAGAUUCUCGAGAAGGAGAACAUCCACUGCAACAUGACGCUUCUCUUCUCGUUUGCACAGGCCGUCGCCGCUGCGGAGGCCAAGGCAACUUUGAUCUCUCCUUUUGUUGGGCGGAUUCUCGACUACUACAAGAAAGCACACCCUGAGAAAGUCGCCGAGUACGUGGGCGCGAGCGACCCCGGCGUCCAGAGUGUGAAGCGCAUCUACAACUACUACAAGAAACACAACUACAAGACGACUGUCAUGGCGGCGUCCUUCCGAAACAUCGGAGAGAUCAUCGCCCUCGCUGGAUGCGACAAAGUGACCGUGGCGCCUGCUCUCUUGGAAGAGCUGAGUGGCAGCGACUUGCCAGUGCCUCGCGUGCUUGGCGCGGGGACAGAGAAUGCGGAGGAAGUGGCCUCCCCGCCUCGAGGGUCACAGGAGAAUGGCGUGACGAAGGACGAGGCGGACGCUGAGAAACUCGAGAUGGACGAGAAGACCUUCCGGUGGAUGUUGAACGAAGACGCGAUGGCCACGGAAAAGCUGGCCGAGGGCAUCCGCAGCUUCAACCGCGACUUGCUGUCUCUCAAAGAUAUGAUUCGCGAGAAACUCAGAAAGAUGUAA